CAUCCCGCCCCUCCAGGCCCCACUUAUCUGUAGUACCUACCAUCCUCCCGCGUCAUUGCUGCCGCCAUGCCCGGAGGUCUCCUUCUCGGGGACGAGGCUCCCAACUUCGAGGCCAAUACUACCAUCGGCCGCAUCCGUUUCCACGACUACCUGGGAGACUCAUGGGGCAUUCUCUUCUCCCAUCCUCGGGACUUUACCCCAGUGUGUACCACAGAGCUUGGCCGAGCUGCAAAGCUGGCCCCGGAAUUCACCAAGAGGAACGUGAAGCUGAUUGCCCUUUCAAUAGACAGCGUUGAAGACCAUCUUGCCUGGAGCAAGGAUAUCAAUGCUUACAAUGGCGAGAAGCCCACCGAGAAGCUCCCUUUUCCCAUCAUUGACGAUCGGCAUCGGGAUCUCGCCAUCCUGCUGGGCAUGCUGGACCCGGCCGAGAAGGACGAGAAGAACAUGCCUGUGACGGCUCGUGUGGUAUUUAUCUUUGGUCCUGAUAAGAAGCUGAAGCUGUCUAUCCUCUACCCAGCUACCACCGGCAGGAACUUCGAUGAGAUUCUGAGAGUUGUUAUCUCUCUCCAGCUGACAGCAGAAAAGAGGGUUGCCACCCCGGUUGACUGGAAGGAUGGCGAUAGCGUGAUGGUCCUGCCCACCAUCCCUGAAGAGGAGGCCAAGAAAAUUUUCCCCAAAGGAGUCUUCACCAAAGAGCUCCCAUCUGGCAAGAAAUACCUGCGCUACACGCCCCAGCCGUAGGUCUCCCCAAGGCAUUGGCGCUGGAGCUCACAGCACAGUGAGCCAGAGGGUGCCACCUGCCACUCAAUGUUUCCUACAGCAAUUCCAGAAAAACAUCCCAGUGUGAUCACAGCCAAGGUCUUUAGGUUGCUACAGUACUGGCUUAUUAAAUGAAAAUGGCACUAAAAGCUCCGUGGGGUUCUCUGCUCUGUGCCUUCACCAGCAUUCUGUUCUGUGUGUGUAUCUCAGCCCUCCUUGGCUCUCUUUGAAAUACAUUCUGUAUUUGAGACGCAGACCUUGCUGGAUCUCUGCAGGGUUUGUGAGCAACAAGGUAGAUCCGUUGUUUGUUGAAAAAGCCCGCUUUGCCCCAUCAUGGAAUGACCAUCCGUUUUUCAGCUGUUCUAAUCGAAUCCUCUCUUCUGUUCCACAUUUUGGGGAGCAGCAGGACUUGAGGUCCGGUUUCCUCUGUAGAUCUCUUAGUUUCUAACCCAAGAAAUUAGUAAACCAGAUAUUCUUCACUAUUCAGUGUUUUGAUCACAGCUAAGGGGAAAACCUUUUCAGUUCUGUUCUUUUCCAGUAGAUAACUGAAGUGGGAAGAGCUGAGGGGUCUGGGGGGGGGUCUUUAAAUAUUUUGCUAACAGAAACUUUUCAAUACAUUUCUACCAAAAGAGGGAAGGUACAGAAAAGCCUCCCCUUACCUGCCGGGAGGAGUAGCAGUGGUGUGAGCAGAAUGACAGUGCCGUGUGCCUGUCAUGCAGGCUUUUCCGUGUGUUGGUCUGCUCCACCGUGAUGGACACCGAAGGGGCCCACCUUGGGAGGGAGGAGAGGACGACUGGAAUUGUUUUAUUAUAGAACUGUUCUUGCUGGCAGGGUGGGUAUGUUCUGAAUUUUGCUUUUUGGGGAUCUAGCCAAUAAAUCCUUUGUUAAAACUGGA